AUGACUAGGAUUGCAUCCCCAGAGGAAGAUUAUGCAAAUAGCCGGAGUCCUAUUGAUUGCAGCGUAAGGGAGGGUCAUGGAGCCUGUAGCGCAUCAAGUUCAAAGCCGGGAAUGGCAUCAUUGGGAUUUCUUGCAGCAUCUGCAAUGCAAGAAAGACUGCAGGUUAGUAUAGCCUUCAGUGACAAUAAAAUUAUCUUGCUGUUUUGCCCAAAACCUUUCCUAUUUUCCCUAACUAUUGAUUUGUGGUUUACGCCUUUCGAGUAUAUGGUUUUGCUCACAAUCACUGCCAACUGCAUCGUCCUUGCGAUGGAACGUCAUUAUCCAUCAGGUGAUAAAUCAGCAUUGAGUGAAAGUCUUGAGCAAACAGAAAAGUACUUUCUCGGAAUAUUCUGCGUUGAAGCUCUGUUAAAAAUCGCCGCCCUUGGAUUUGUCCUGAAUGAAGGAGCUUAUCUACGAAGUAUUUGGAAUAUUAUCGAUUUCAUUGUCGUGGCCACUGGCCUAUUGGCUUACAUUUUGCCAAACCUCAAUCAACCGGCAUUGCGAGCACUCCGAGUUUUGCGACCGAUCAAAUUGGUCACCGGUUUUGAGAGCCUUCAAAUUGUGCUCAAGUCCAUCUUCCGAGCUAUGGCGCCUCUACUUCAAAUUGGUCUAUUAUUGCUCUUUGCAAUCACUAUCUUCGCAAUUGUUGGAUUAGAAUUUUAUUCUGGAGGCUUCCAUAUGACCUGUUUCGAUGAACGUGAGCUUAAAUUGCUCCCUUCCAAAGUUGUUACUUUAUAUCAUUGCUUUGACAUAACAGCUUGCUCAAAGUUCGAUUCGCAUAGGGAACGUACACGUGGAACUUCUUUCCAUCUCUCUUCUGAAGGCAACCCCGACGUUCUCCCCGACUCAAUUCCAAAUAGCAGAUCCCUAGUUCCUUGCAAUAUUGGCAACGAAAGUUCAAAGGGCUUUUUAAACGCCGCACAUGGAUCCUUUCGAUGCCCAACUGGGUACAUCUGUAAGGGCUACUGGGAAGGUCCCAAUUUCGGCAUCACCAGCUUCGAUAACAUCGGCUAUGCCAUGCUGACGGUCUUUCAGUGCAUCACUAUGGAGGGGUGGACGGAUAUUAUGUACAUGACAUUUGAUGCCGUUGGUGAUAGGUUUAGUGCUUUCUACUUUGGCCCCCUAAUUGUACUCGGCUCCUUCUUCAUGCUCAAUCUCAUUCUCGGUGUUUUGAGCGGGUAA